AUGGACAACAGUCUUCUGCAGGUGUUGACUAUCCCGACAGCACCCUACCCCGACCAGAGACCCGGCACCGGCGGCCUGAGGAAAAAGGUCCAUGUAUUCCAGUCCAGGAGGAACUAUCUCCACAACUUCAUCCAGAGUAUCUUCUCCUCCAUUGACCUACGAGACCGACAGGGAUCAACGGUGGUCGUGGGGGGAGACGGUCGCUUCUUCAACAGAACAGCUAUUGAGGUCAUUGUGCAGAUGGCAGCAGCCAAUGGGGUGGGUCGUAUGAUCAUUGGACACCACGGGAUAAUGUCCACACCGGCCAUAUCCUGUGUAAUCAGGAAAUACAAAGCCAUCGGUGGCAUCAUCCUCACUGCCAGCCACAACCCUGGUGGAGCUGAUGGAGACUUUGGCAUUAAGUUCAAUACUGCAAAUGGAGGCCCGGCCAAGGAGGCUGUCACAAACAAGAUCUUUCACAUCAGCAGGACCAUCGAGGAGUUUGCCAUCUGCCCCGGACUGCAUGUGGAUUUGACAACUCUGGGCAAACAGAAGUUUGAUCUGGAAAACAAGUUCAAACCAUUCACAGUGGAAAUUGUGGACUCUGUGGAAUCCUACGCUAACUUGUUGAGGAACAUCUUUGACUUCGCUGCUCUGAAGGAGCUUCUAUCCGGUGAAAAUCACAUCAAGAUCAGACUGGAUGCCAUGCACGGAGUGGUGGGGCCGUAUGUGAGGAGGAUCCUCUGUGAGGAGCUGGGCUGCCCCCUCAAUUCUGCCAUCAACUGUGUUCCCUUGGAGGAUUUUGGAGGUCAACACCCAGAUCCUAACCUCACCUACGCUGCAGAUCUGGUUGACAGCAUGAGAGAGGGACAGUAUGAUUUUGGUGCAGCAUUUGAUGGUGAUGGGGACCGUAACAUGAUCCUUGGUAAGCACGGCUUCUUCGUCACCCCACCGGACUCUGUGGCUGUUAUUGCUGACAACAUCUUCUGCAUCCCAUACUUCCAACAUACAGGGGUGAGAGGCUUCGCCCGCAGCAUGCCCACAAGUGCAGCCUUAGACAGAGUAGCCAAGGCAACAAAAAUAGAGCUAUAUGAAACUCCCACUGGGUGGAAAUACUUUGGAAACCUAAUGGACGCAGGCAGACUGUCUUUGUGUGGGGAAGAAAGCUUUGGUACAGGUGGAGACCAUAUUCGUGAGAAGGAUGGGCUCUGGGCCGUGCUGGCAUGGCUCUCCAUCCUGGCCAAUAGAAAGCAGAGUGUGGAGGAUAUCCUUAAGGACCAUUGGCUGAAAUACGGAAGGAACUACUUUACCAGAUAUGACUAUGAGAACGUAGACAUAGAUGCAGCCUGUGAGAUGAUGGAGGAUUUGGAGAUUUUGAUUGUCGACAAGUCCUUCGUGAAGCAGAGAUUUGCUGUGAAGGACAAAAUCUACCAAGUGGAAAAAGCAGACAACUUUGAGUACACAGACCCGGUAGACAGCACCAUCUCCAGGAACCAGGGUCUUCGGAUAAUCUUCUCUGAUGGUUCUCGGAUCAUCUACAGACUCAGUGGGACAGGUUGUGAUGUGGCGACAGUUCGAAUCUACAUCGACAGCUAUGAAAAGGAGCAAAUCUUAGAAGACACACAGGUGAUGCUGGCACCCCUGGCAACCAUCGCUCUGAAGAUUUCCCAGCUCCAUCACAGGACGGGUCGAAGUGGCCCAUCAGUCAUCACAUGA